GAGAUCAAGGAAGACCUCAUGUUAAAACCAUGGCAUUCAGUUGAUGAUGACAUUGAAGAUAAGUUUGAUACAGCAAAACAGACUUGGUUGGAUGACAAUGUGUCCCAAAAGAGUUUACUUGAGUGUGUGGAGGAAGAGCUGUCACAGAGAGGCCAUCGGAGUAGUUUAUAUUUAGAGGAUGGUCUGACAUCUUGUGAAAA